AUGGACAUCAGCCAUCAGAAGUUGAUCACAAGCCCCUCCAUCUAUAAUCCUAACAUGGAAAUGGAAGACUUUCCCUUUGAAACAAUAUGGCCUAACUUUCACAUGAAUCCCUCUUCGUCAUCCCAAUUACUCGUUCCCACGGGGAUUUUGAAACUCGAAGGCGAAGAAGAACAAGAACCAGACGAAGAACUCAGCGCCAUGAAGGAGAUGAUGUAUAAAAUUGCAGCCAUGCAACCAGUGGACAUUGAUCCAGCUACAGUUCGGAGGCCUAAACGGCGAAAUGUUCGAAUAAGCGAUGAUCCACAAAGCGUCGCAGCCAGGCACCGCCGGGAGAGGAUAAGCGAGAAAAUCCGAAUUCUGCAGAAGCUUGUGCCUGGAGGAACAAAAUUGGAUACUGCAUCUAUGUUGGAUGAAGCCAUUAGGUAUGUGAAAUUCUUGAAAAGGCAAAUUCGUCAGCUGCAGCAAACAGGAAAUCAAGUGGCGCCGCCGUGCCUAGAAGUUGCAGCAGGCUCUUCUGUUGCCGGAGAUUGGGCGGCCGCCACCUCGUCUAGCAAAAGUCCUGGGUCUUUUGCGAUUUCUCCCUUGGCAGGAUGUGCAUACAUAUUUGGAGGUCAUGGGGCAGAUGAUCCCCAUUUUCAUUUGCAUUAG